AUGGCCUCGUCUCAGAAGGCGAGGGAAUGGCGAACGACCAUCUCUGGUCAGGAAUAUCUUAUAUCGACCGACCUGAACAACAUCUCCCACGAUUUUGUCAACAAUGCGUAUGCCACCGACGACAUGUACUGGGCCAAAGCAAUGCCUGCUGCCAUUCUUCGAAACAUAUUAUCCAAUUCUCUUGUCAUGGGAGUAUACGCAUUUCAAGGAACCGGGGCAGGAGCAGAGAAGCUAGAACAGGUGGGAUUUGGUCGCUUUGUCACGGAUCAUGUCACAGUCUUCUACUUGACCGAUGUGUAUAUUGAACCAGACUCCCGAGGAAAAGGACUCGGGAAAUGGUUAAUUUCGUGCUGUCGCGAGAUUCUCGAUUCAAAGCCUCAUCUGAUGAGAGCGAUGCUUAUGGCUUCGCCGGGAGAGGGCAAACAGUUCUAUGAGAAGAACUUGGGCAUGCGCGACAUGCAGGAAGAGGUUGCUGAAGGACAUGUACUUCCUAUGACAAGAAACCGCAAUCAAUAA